UGACGUCAUAUGAGGAAAACGAAACUAAGCGGUGGGACUUUCUGGUGAAACAGUCAACACAGACUCCGUACAGUAUUUAAGGAAGCUACGGCGGAGACUCGCUGAUAGUUUGUCUCUCAGCACCAAUAUUUGCACAUUUCAUGACUCCUGAGCCUGAAAUCUGCUGCGUUUGAGCUCAACACUCACCACCUGCACUGAAGCCUUGUCACUACAGAAAUGUCUCAUCAAAAACCGCUGCUCAAGCCGUGGCUGCGGGCCAAGAUUGACAGUGGCAAGUUUCCUGGUGUAAUCUGGACAAACUCAGAGAAAACAGAGUUCUCCAUCCCCUGGAAACACGGUUUGAGGCAGGACUCCUCUGACACUGACAGCCUCAUCUUCAAGGCCUGGGCUGAGGUGAGCGGAAAUGGCCGGGCUCAGGGAGACGCCUCAGUCUGGAAGAGGAACUUCCGCAGUGCCCUCCGAGCUAAAAGCUUCAAAAUGGUUUCUGAUAACAAGAACGACGCUGCGAACCCCCAUAAAGUGUUCCACUGGCCGGACGAGUCGGCAUCAGGAGCUAACUCUUCUGCUGGAUCCCAGGAACAAGAUGAAGCUGACUUGUUUGAGGAUUUUGACCUCACUGCACAAGACAGCCAGCUUGGUCCAUGCUUUGAUGACCUCUACCUUGGAGAAGAAGACAGUGUGUAUCUUCCAGCAGAAUCCUCAGCCAGCCAGGAUAUUCUCCAAGAGUGUCUGAAGGGACUGAACAUUGGCCCUGAAGCAGAGAGAACCGCAGGCUUUGAGCCUCCUCCCGAGCAACAGCAGCCCCAGAAUCAGGUUGUGAUUGGUGGAUGCGCGUUGCCUGGGCAACAGCAAUAUCCAGUAAUGUUUGAGGGUGCAGCCUGUGAAACUGGGUUGCCUGAGCAACCAGCACAUCCAAUGGAGGGAGCAGUGGGAGGGGCCUGUGAUGGGCAGUUGGUGGCACAGUUCCUACAUACAAUGAAAGAGACUAGAGAUGGAGAUAAUUUCAAGACUCAUUUCAGGAUCAUAGUGUACUACAGAGGGGUGAAGGUGUCUGAGCAGACGGUCGAGAAUGAAGCAGGAAUCCGCUUAGUCUACAGCCCUGAGCUCAAGGGGACAGUCUUGGAUCAUGAGUCAGGCCUCUCCCUGGUUUCUCUGCCAACUCCUGGAGUCAUGCUGGAUCAAACUCAAGCCAAUCUGACCCAACGGAUUCUCGACAAACUGGGCGACGGCCUGGACGUGGGGGUGUCCAGCCACGUGGUCUACGGCCAGCGACGGGGUGAAAUCAAAGCGUUCUGGAGCUUCUCCAAGUUCGACCAGAACCAGCAGCCCCAAGAGGUUCCUAAGCUGGAGCCGCAGGCGCUUUACCUGUUCAAGGACUUUUUGCGAGGAAUACUGGACUUCAUUGGUGGCAAAGACAGCCCUCCCUGCUCCCUGUUCUUCUGUCUCGGGGAGAAGUGGCCUGACAGCAGGCCUUGGGAGAAGAAGCUCAUCACAGUGGAGGUGGUCCUGACUUCAAUGGAGUUUCUGAAAACUAUGGCCGUUGACGGUGGUGCCUCCUCCCUGCAGUCUGUGGAGCUGCAGAUGUCCCUCGAAGAGAUGAUGGAGUUGUGCUGAUGCAAUCUGCUGAGCCUGAAAGUCAUUGUUUACCCUUUUUUUAAAAUCCUCAAUCUUGACAUGAAAAACUUAAAGGUCUAUAAACAUUUUAGGUCUUGAACGUUCACCAAACAGAAUAGAUAAUGUAACAAUAAUAAUAAUAAUAACUGUAAUAAUAAUUGUGCUAGUGUUGGAUUGGCUGGAUUUUGCUCAAAAGAAAUAUAUUAUUUAUAGCUUGAUAUUUAAAUGUAAGUCACUGAUUUGAUAGGACCUUUCUUACUUAAAUAAUAUUAAUGGUACUAGUGUAAGAGAAUGACCCAAAGAGAAAAGUUCUGUCACUCAGCUCAACGGGUAAACUGUAACUGUUUCCACUGGCCUUUCACUCAUUCUACUUUCUGCCCCUGUAAAUACUGUGUUUGUGCUAAAUAAACGUACUCCUCCUAAAGCAAAACAGCAGGUUUCCCUCUAAACUCACAUCUUUGUACAUCAAUGUCAGACGUCACGCAGAAGCUCAGUAAUCAUGUGUGAAUUGUUACAUGUAUCAGAUAAAGAAGAUAAGCGCAGCACGGUAACAAUCCCCAGCCAAAAUAAAACAAUUUAAUGAAUGCACUGUAACAACACCUAACACCACAAACAGAAAUAAACUCUACUGUUCCGUCACAGCAUAAACAAACAGCAGUAUAAAGGUCAAGCUGAUUUAACUGCAGAUGGGAUCUCAGCAUCUGGAAUCCGCCUAAAUGUUUUGUAUCAUGAGACAGUUUUCACACAACACGCCCAAUUUACAUCUGAGAACAUGUUUUGUACUGCAUCACACCACACACACUGCAUAGAGCGAAGAACAUAUGCUGUGCAGAUGUUUCUUCCAUCUCGUUCUAUGCAGGGGUCAUGAGUUCACGUAUCUGAUGUGGCAUGUUUGGAAUUUCCUCUAAAGCAACGCUCUGCACAAGACUGCAUGAAGCUAAUUUAAAUGCACAUAAUGUGAGAACAAGCAGUAAGAUUUUAAGACUUUAUUCAAACAUUUAUGGGUUAUUAUCGCCAUGAAAUCAAUUCCUUCUCAGGAGCUACUACUGAUUCAGAGUUUCAUUCAAACCAGUGUGACCUUAUUGCUGCUCUAAAUUAUUAGUCUGCAUCCAAAAAAGAAAAAAAAUUAAACAACCUUUUUUAUCCUUUCUUAAGUUGUCAGAGUGGCUAGCUGGGUCUGGACAAGAACUGCAGCUCUUUCCUUCUGCACCAUCCACACAGUUACAAUAGAUAUUUAUCCACUGACCAACUUGAGAAAUGGGAUAAUCAGGAAAAGAAAAAAAUCAAUAAAGUGAAUGAGUGGAUUUGA